AUAGUAUGUGAAUUAGGGUGUGAAAAUUGCAGGAAGAAAUGGGGCGGGGGCCAUAUCUAUACCCAUCACAACCCACAAUUAUUGAUGAGGUGUGAGCAUGUUGCAGGAGAAGUUACUAUACAUAGUAAUUUCUUCCAUCACCCGCGCUGCCGCUCACACUCCAACCAUUUAACCAACAAUUCAAGAUCAAGAAACACACAGCGAAAAUGGGGUCUCUUUCUCUCCCCUUUCCAGCCCCUGAAGACGAAGAAACGAAUCUAUCCAAAGCCAAAUUGGAUCAGACCCAUUUGCUCAAUCUCUUCAAAUGCCAGCAGAAGUACCUCAACCAUUUCUUCCAAAACCUCGAUCUCUCCCAAACCCUAACGUUCACGCAGACCCUCUUGAAUGCCAGGGGAACCAUUUUCUUUUCUGGGGUCGGGAAAUCCGGAUUUGUGGCGCAGAAGAUCUCGCAGACGCUGGUGUCGCUUGGUGUGAAGUCCGGGUUUUUAUCCCCUGUCGACGCGCUUCAUGGGGACAUCGGCAUUUUGUCGUCUAAGGAUUUGUUGGUUCUGUUCAGCAAGAGUGGGAAUUCGGAGGAAUUGUUGAGGCUUGUGCCUUGCGCCAAGGCCAAGGGGGUUUAUUUGAUAUCUGUGACGUCGGUGAAACCUAAUGGGUUGGCGGGGUUGUGUGAUCUGAAUGUGCAUUUGCCGCUGGAGCGAGAAUUGUGUCCCUUUGAUCUGGCGCCGGUGACCUCCACAGCGAUCCAGAUGGUUUUUGGGGAUACGGUUGCCAUCGCGCUUAUGGGCGCUAGGAAUUUGAGCAAGGAAGAGUAUGCGGCGAACCACCCUGCUGGGAGGAUCGGAAAGAGUUUGAUUUUCAAGGUGAAGGAUCUUAUGAAAAAGAAAGAAGAGCUUCCAGUUUGCAUGGAACAUGAUCUCAUCAUGGAUCAGCUGGUCGAGCUGACAAGUAAAGGCUGUGGAUGCCUUCUCGUUAUAGACGACGAUUAUCAUCUGCUAGGUACAUUUACUGAUGGUGAUUUACGGCGCACACUGAAGGCCAGCGGUGAGGGAAUUUUCAAGCUAACGGUUGGGAAUAUGUGUAAUAGGAAGCCAAGGACAAUCGGUCCAGAUGCAAUGGCAGUGGAAGCAAUGCAGAAGAUGGAGUCUCCGCCAUCACCGGUGCAGUUCUUGCCUGUCAUUAAUGAUGAUAAUGUCUUGAUUGGUAUUGUAACGUUGCAUGGGCUGGUCUCUGCCGGCUUGUGAUGCUGCAGCAGGCAUGCUGCACUCUGGCCUUCACGUCUGUUACAUUUAUUAUUCUUUGUAUUAUUUCCAUCUACCAUAUCUACAUGAUUCAUUUGUUGGCACCGAAGAGAAAGCAAAAUAGACUUGAUGAGUAGACCUGAGUCAUGCUUGGGUUUUCCAAGGUCGGAUGUAUUGUAUGAAGAUUUAUGCAUAGUAUUGUGUAUGGUUCAAUCGUUAAGUAAAAGAUGUUGUAAGGUUACAAUAUUUGAUAGUCCUUCGACCCCAUGGAAUAGUAUUAGUAUUAGUAGAUUUGCAUUUGCAUGUUAUGUAUCAGCAGUACUGCUCCUUGUGCCUAAGUAAUGACACAACUCUUAUUUCAUAGUAUCA